AUGCAUUCAUCUUUAUUACAAAAACGUCUAAAUAAUAUAUCUGAUUCAAUAUCAUCAAAUAAUGAAUCUUUAACAUCAUCAUGUUCAUCAACACCAACACAUUCUACAACAUGGCUUGAAUCACCAUUAAUAGAUUUACGUAUAAUGAAUAAUGAACAUCGUAAUAAAGUUUUUGAACUUGUUACUGAAAUAUUUUUUCGUGAUGAACCAUUAAAUAAAUGUCUUGCAUUUAAUCUUCCAUAUGAACCAAUUGAAUUUAUUGAAUAUGUUAUAAAAAUUGCUUUAGAAGAUCAAUGUUCAUUUGUUGCUAUUGAUAUUCAAACACAAAAUAUAAUUGGUGUUAUUAUAAAUAUUAUUAAACAUCGUUCAAUAAUAACAACAAUAAAUAAUAAUCAAAAUAAUUUUAAUAUAAAUAAUUUUCAAUCAGAAAAAUUACGUUUUAUAUUAAAUAUAUUACAACAUGUACAUGAUAAUAUUGAUUUAUUUAAAGAAUUAAAUACAGAUCAUUUAUUACAUAUUGUUAUUAUAGCUAUUGAUGUACAUUAUCGUGGUUUAAGAUUAACAGAAAAAUUAAUACAUGCAAGUUUAGAACAUGCAAAAAAUAAAUUUAAUAUUAAAGGUGCUUUUUCAGAAGCAACAAGUCUUUAUUCAGCUAAAGCAUUUUAUAAACAAGGUUUUCAAAAAUAUAAUGAAAUUAUUUAUAUUAAAUAUGAUAGUAUACGUUUAGCUAGUCUUGUUGGAGAACAUGAUCGAUGUCAAUUACUUGCUAAACAACUAUAA